UCCAUAAGCGUGUAUUUAUUUUUACUCUUUAUUUAGUGUCAUGAUUUAACCGAUAUUCCUUUUUCACCCUAUUUGUGUGUUGUUCCCCACUAUAGCUGAUGGUCGAAGUUCCAUCGCAGUCGCUAAAUGUAGCAAAGGGGCUGCAAACGAUAGCGGUAUUCAUGAGCAAACUGUGGUGGACGGUGGGUCGUUGGGUGAAGGUAAAGGUCUGACGGGAAGUGCCUCGGAGGCCUCAGAGGGAGGAAGUGAAAAGGAAACUGUGGACGCAAGCAAUAAAAGGAAAUUAAUCACGCAAGAGCCAGUCAAAGUCAAUAAAGCUAAACGGGGAAAGAAAGAAGUCACGGUACCUGAUGACCUUGAAAUAGGUAACACAGAGAACUCUCAAAGCUGUAAGAAGGAUGCCAUGGUUUAUAAAUUUACGGACGUAGAGACGGAAACAAAAAUUGAAGACGACCAGGAAAAGACAGUGUCGAAAUCUGUCGACAUGACUGUCUAUGAUGAAAUCAUGCAAGUGGAGGCGGAAGACAGCGAUGAGAGCGAGGAGAACAGCACUCUCAUCGUCCGAGGCUUCCUAGAGGGUACGUCGUCCUCGGAGGUGCCUCGUGGCGGGCUGCGGGUUCUGGCCUCUUGCAGCAUCCAUCGUCAAGAGAACGUCCAGAAAACUGUUAUCACCGCUGAAACAGACGUGGGUGACGAUAACGUGGCAACCUCCUCCAUAGUCCAUCUUAAACGGACAGUUGACAUUGAAAAUUACAAAGCCUUGGUAUCCGAAAGCGAGUCCGACUCUGAGUCCGAGUCGAGAACUUUGGAAAAGCGAGAUUCCAGAUGUGCUUUGCUUUUGACGAAGACGCCGAGUGUGACCGUCGAGGAAGUGCCGCCGGCCGCGGGAGAAGCCCUCGAGGCGGAGCGCGGCAGGGCGGGGCCGGAGACCGACGUGAACUGGAACGUAAUUCCAGAGACGCGCAGUCAGCGGUGCCUGGUGGACCGUGAUGUGCCUCCGGUAGGUGAAGACGCGGACGCGGUGUCUAAGGCUCUAGACCUGGCUAAAUCUGCGAAUAGCGAGACUGCAGAUGCUAGUAGUGUUUUGGAUGAAGGGAAGGAGAAACCUGGGGAGGCCGGGUUGCCCAGGGACGCGAAAGCGAAAAAAGCGAAACACGAGAGGCUAAGUACAGGCCCCCUUGACGCCAGUGGAGGUAAAGAGACGAGGAAUGGAGAUCAGUGUAAUCUUCGGCUGUUUUCAUGUUCUAACAUGAGCCAACAAAGAUGCUUUCUUAAUCAAACAGUUUUAUUUUAUACGCACUUACGAUGAAACAACACAUUAAUCUUGUAGAACGUUCAUUGUAGUCUAAAGCGUAAAAAUA